AUGGCGACCGAGAAGCCCUACGACGUCCAACUCGAGAUCAUGCAGACAAAGGACGGCCACAGUCUUCGCAUCGAUGAGGACACCCUCAAGUCCGAGCACGCGCUCUCCACCCGCGACGCAAUCAAGGCCUAUCCGAUGGCCAUUUUCUGGAGUCUGGCCGUGUCCAUGUGUGUUAUUAUGGAAGGCUACGACACGAUCCUGAUCGGCAACUUUUACGCGUACCCCGAGUUUGCGAAAAAGUACGGCCAGUUUAUCGACGAGCACGGCAACCACCAGCUCUCGGCGGCAUGGCAGGCGGGUCUGGGCAACUGCUCGGGCGUCGGCUGCUUCUUCGGCGUCAUGCUCAACGGUUACCUUGUCGCCAAGUGGGGCCAGAAGCGUGUGCUUGUCGGUGCCCUCAUUGUCCUCAGCUGCUUCAUCUUCAUCACCUUCUUCGCCCCGAACAUUAUCGUCCUCGCUGUCGGCCAGGUUCUCUGUGGUCUGCCUUGGGGUGUCUUUGCCUCGUCGGCACCGGCGUACUCGUCCGAGGUUCUUCCGAUGAGCCUGCGCGUGUACCUCACGUCGUACACCAACAUGUGCUUCAUCAUCGGUCAGCUCAUCGCCGCGGGCGUGCUCGCCGGCCUCGUCCACCGCACCGACGAGUGGGCGUACCGCAUUCCAUUCGCGCUCCAGUGGCUCUGGCCCGCAUUCCUCAUCCCGCUUCUUUGCUUUGCGCCAGAGUCGCCAUGGCAUCUCGUCCGCGUUGGCCAGCUCGAAGAGGCCGAACUCUCCCUUCGCCGCCUGCAGCGUUCGUCUGCAAACGUCGAUGUCAAGGCGACGCUUGCUACGAUCGUGCACACCAACCAGGUUGAAGAGGAAAUCACUGCGGGUACCAGCUACCUCGACUGCUUCCGCGGCACUGAACGCCGCCGGACAAUUAUUGCCUGUGUCUCCUUUGCGGGCCAGGUUCUGUCCGGCUCGACCUUUGCAUACAACUCGACCUACUUCUUCCAGCAAGUCGGCCUUACGACGGACGAGACCUACAACCUCAACGUCGGCGGAACCGGCCUCGCGCUGUUCGGCACCCUCGUCAACUGGUUCUUCCUCAUGCCGUACUUUGGCCGCCGCCGCAUCUACCUCUGGGGCAUGUUCACCAUGUCGAUGAUCCUCUUCGUUAUCGGUAUCCUCAAUGUGUGGACGCACAAGUCCAGCGUCGGCAUGACCCAGGCCGUCCUCACUCUCGCCUGGACGUUUGUCUUCCAGCUGUCGGCGGGUCAGCUGGGAUGGGCCCUCCCCGCAGAAGUCGGCAGCACCCGCCUGCGCCAGAAGACUGUCUGCCUCGCUCGCAACGCCUACUACCUCGUCAGUGUCGUUUCGGGCAUCCUGCAGCCGUACUUUAUGAACCCGACGCAGUGGAACCUCAAGGGUUUCACCGGCUUCAUCUGGGGUGGCACAGCGUUCCUCACAUUUGUGUGGCUGUUCUUCAACCUUCCCGAGACCAAGGGUCGCACGUACGAGGAGCUCGACUGGCUCUUUUCCAAGCGCACCCCGACGCGCAAGUUCAAGGACGCCGAGGUGGACAGGUCUCAGCACGGUGACGAGGCUUCUGCCCUCAGCGUGUAG